UACCAAUUGAGUGAAGGAGGCGUGAUGAGGAGGUCGUUUUAACGGUGAAGCUUGCAUAAAAUUUCCGUUAGCUUGUAACAAGCUUGGUUUAGUGUUCUGCAACUUCACAGAAAGUAGGCAUUCCAUCAAAAAAUCAUCUGAAAUCAUGUCUGAACUUGAGACCAACUUCAAGAAGGCUGCAGAAGAAGUAAAGCAGCUUAAAUCAAAGCCAGAGGAUGCUGAAAUGCUUAAGGUUUAUGCAUUGUUCAAGCAGGCCUCUGUGGGUGAUGUCAAUACCGCUCGUCCAGGUAUGCUUGAUUUCACUGGGAAAGCCAAAUGGGACGCUUGGGAGAAAGAGAAGGGAAAGGGCAACGAUACUGCCAUGACUGAGUACAUUGCUUUGGUAGAGGAGUUGAAAAAGAAGUAUGGAGUAUAAAUCAGAUUUUACCUUGCAUGGUAAUUCAAAUCAUGACUGCUAAGAGUGGAGCCCAAAACCAGUCCCUCAGAAAUGCCUUAAACCCACUGGAAUGGCCUUUGCUACAGCAUAUCAAAUAUGAACACCUGGUGUGCCACUAAGAAGCUAUGUUUUGUGACCCAAGAGCCACUACAGAAAGAACCUGUACCAACUGUACUUAACUUUUUGGUGGUAGACCUGAGGAAUUCUUUAAAGUCAAGCUUGUUAUUACAGUCCAGUUGUUCCAUAUUUUACCUUUGGUUUAAAUACUUUUUCUCUUCUCUAAUAAAAUGUAUAGAUUUAAUUUUA